GGAUAAUGUUAUAUACAGACUGCUCAAAGUAUUUUCUCACCCGUUAACGCAAUUUGAAAUUUCUGUAUUGAAACAAACAUGAUGGGAGUAUUAUUUUUUUCGACAUUGGUUGCUGUUAUAUGUUUUCAUGGAGCCGAUGCUGGUGAAUUCUGUAACACUGGAACUCGUACAUAUGGUUCGAAAUAUUGCGACUACGGAUGCUGUAAUUAUGAAUGCUGUGAAUACACUUUGACAAGAUCGACAGCCUUCAGAGCAGUCGUGGGUGUGAUAGUUGCGGUCAUCAUCUUUGGUAUUAUUGUUACCAUCGUAUGUUGUGUGCGCAAGUCACGUGGGCGCCAAGGACAAGUGAUCGGGAACAACCGAACUCAGCAUGUAGUAGUUCAAAACCCGCCUCUGUAUCCGAAUCAGUACCCACUCGCAGCCCCCGCCGGACACCCUGCCCCUGCUAUGACCCAGUGGCUACAGCCGGAGCAAUCAGCAGGCACGCACCAGCAAAAUUGGCAGCCACAACCUGAAGACGUUAACCACCAAUGGCAACAACAACCUGUAGAUACAAAGCAGCAAUGGCAACGACAGCAUGCAGAUACAAACCAACAGUGGCACUUUUAUACAGGAAGACCAUCGGCAGUAAAACACCCUAAAGGCACUAACCAGCAACGGCCAUACUAGCCGUUUGAUACUGGAACCAUUGGCAGUGGAACACCCUACAAACAUUCACUUACCGUUUUCAAUCUAACGUUGGAGAGCCUACUAAAAACAAUACUAAGGGUUUUGCCAAUAAGGAGCAGGCAAUCGAAACCGCGCGGAAGUAUAAUACCAAGUGUCUGGACUAAUGCGUGCUCGUACCUUAAAAUUAAUAUCUCUCACUACUUUUAUUUUAUUUUUGACGCCUUUUUUCUUUACAAAACUAUUCAAAUCUUAUUAUACACGGAAAUUGUUUUCGGUCUCUGGCCUUGUUGAACAUAAGAGAGUUCUUCUAAAGAAUCAUAUGAAGAUAUAUAUAUGUGUAGGAGUGCCAAUCCUUUUAUUUCUUUUUUAUCAUUUGUUUGAACUUAUGUGUUAACAUUUAUAAUCAUUGUAUGCUUAUGUAUGAUGUACCAACAUGCCAUAUAUAUGUUAUUAAUACUAUUUUACGGUUGGGAAAAGAGCGGACACAAAAAUUAUAUAGAACAAAUUUAAACUUACACGCAAACAGAGAUGUUAUGUAGAUAUUAUUUGUGCUUUUUAUCUGUUCUGUUCUGUUCUGUUCUACCAUAUCGUUUGGUGUUUUCCGACGAAGUUGCAAAAAGGGGGAGGGAUACUCAAAAUAGGCAAAAGGAUCGGAAAUAGCAUUGCAUGCUACGACACUAAUAUCACUCUACGAAUCACUACUCUACAACUCUAUAACUCAACGACUCUAUUACUCAACGACACCACUACUCUACAACUCCAUUAUCCAAAGACACCACUACUCUACGACUGCAUUACUCAACGACACCACUACUCUUCGACUACAUUACUCAACGACACCACUAUUCUACGACUGCAUUAAUCAAAUACACAACAACAUUCCGACUGCAUUCCUCAGAGACAUCACUGCUCUACGACUCCACUACUCAACGAUUGCAUUACUCAACGACUCCACUACUGCAGACUCCACUACUCCACGAUCCCACCACUUUAUUUCACCACUUCCCUUCGACUCCACUACUCAACGACACCACUAUUUUACAACGCCACGGCUAUACGGCUCGACUCCUCAACGACAGUAUUACUUUACAACAUCACUACUCUACGCCUCAAUUACUCAACGACACCAUUACUUUAUGACAUCACUACUCUACGACUCCAUUACUCAACGAUACCGCUACUCUAAGACUCCACUAUUCUACGAUUCCAUUACUCAACGACACUACUACCUGAUGACACCACUACUCUACGACGACACUAUUCUACGAUUCCAUUACUCUACAACAUCACUACUUAACGACACCACUACUGUAAGAUUCUGCUUAUUGUGAAAACGCAGGUUCACUUGCAUAUGAUCAUGUCAAACAUUUUAAAACAUAUUGCUACUACUCAUAUCUUAGAUAAGACUACUCAUGUUUUUAAAGCAAUUGUGUCGUACAUGGCAAACAAUCCAGUGAAUAAAACUAAGUGCUGCUGGAUAGCAGCUUCUUACUUAUCAUUCGAUAUGUGAAUGAUACAAUGCGCAUGAUAGACAGUUGGGCGACAAAAUGCAAUCUUGUUACCUACCACAAUUGUUGAGCUAACUGAGAGGGAUGAGGAAUAAACAGUUGCUUGUGAAAAGGGGCGCAUAUUAAUAAGAGACAACGUGUUGACAUCCAUAAACCAAACAUUAUGAAAUUAAGAAGAAACUAGCAUUUUUUAUGAACAAAUCAAAAACUAUAUUUCACAAUGAAUCAAUAACAGUGCUCCUUAUACGGAACUUAUUCAUUAACAUAUUACAAGCUAAUCACUAAAACUUCAUAAUAUAAUCAUGUACAUAGAAAACUGAAAAGCAUAAACAUUACAAUUCUGCGUUUUGUAAUUUUGUUCUUAACAGUUCCUUUUUAAACCAGAUACUUACUUAUUACUUCUUUAAUCAUGUUAUAGAAAAAAAAUAAAAACGAAUUUAUUUAACAUAUUUUGAGAUGAUUGUAAGUGCUUAUAACAGUGUUUACAUUUAUAUAAUCUAUAUAAAAGGUCCCUGAAAACACAAUACACGUUCAUGUUAAAGAAAGGAAAUUGUAAGAUAACGUCACAAUGGUUGUGUUUCUAUCAUUUUCAUUGUAUUUGUUAUUCACGGAACGAAUCGUUAUCCGAACUAACAGUCUCAACAAGUCAUUGACAUGAACCAUUGCACGGUUUGUCUAUGUGUAUAAUAUGUUCACUGCAAUGCUCCUUUUGUCAUGCUUGUAUGACAUGAGUUUAUUGAAUAAACUUGAAACUUGAAACUUGAGCUGGGCCGGUGUGCAGCUGCAUGUAGAUAUAUUAUUGAAUAGGUAAUAAAACAGAUAAUGUUAUAUACAGCUUGCUCAAAGUAUUCUCUCGCCCGUUAAAGAAAUUCUUGUAUUGAAACAGACAUGGAGGGAGUAUUAUUGUUUUCGACAUUGGUUGCUGUUAUUUGUUUUCAUGGAGCCGAUGCUGGUGAAUACUGUGUCACUUCAAGUUAUGGCUUAAAAUGGUGCGAGUGGGGUUGCUGUGAUUAUAGAAAAUGCUGUGAAGACACUGGAGUAGGAGCGAUAGUGGGCAUUGUGGUCGGGUGUGUGAUAUUUGUGGCCAUCGUCGUCGGUGUCAUUGUUGCCAUCGUCUGUUGUGUGCGCAAGUCACGUGGGCGCCAAGGACAAGUGGUGCAGAACAACCAAGCCUCCAGUGCAGUAGUUCAAAACCCGCCUCCAUAUCCCAAUCAGUACCCACUUGCAUCCCCCGCCGGACAUCCCGCCGGUGCCCAGACCCAGUGGCCACAACACCAGCACUCUGCAGGCACACACCAGCAAAAUUGGCAGCAACAGCCUGAAGGCACUAACCAGCAAUGGCAACAACAGCCUGCAGGCACAAACAAGCAACAGCCCUACUAGCCGUUUGAUACUGGAAGACCAUUGGCAAUGGAACAGCCUACACACUCUCACUUAGCGUUAUCAACAUGACACUGGAGGGCCUACUGAAUACAAUACGAAGGGUUUGACCAAUAAGGAGCAGGCAAUCGAAACCGCGCGGAAUUAUAUUACCAAGUGUCUUGACAAAUGCGUGCUCGUACCUUUAAUUAAUUAUCACAACUUUUAUUUAAUUUAUUUUGACGUCUUUUUUCAUACUUUAAUUCAAAUCUUAUUAUACACGGAAAUACUUUUCGGUCUCUGGCCCUACCGAACAUGAGAGUUUUUUUACAAGAAUCACAUGAAGAUAGAAAUACAUAUGUAGGAGUGCCAAUCCUUUUAUUUCGUGUUUAUUAUUUGUUUGAACUUAUGUGUUUACUUUUAUAUGCAUCAUAUGCUUAUGUAUGAUGUAUCUACAUGUCAUGUCUAUGUUAUUAAUACUAUUUUACGGUUGGUUAAAGAGCGGACGCAAACGAAAACACAAUGCAAUAAAACAUUUACGUAAUUGGUCUGUAAGCAUGUCCAUUUAUUAUUUAAUCAAAGCAUUAAACAUUAAAUCAAUUAAGUGAUUUUUUAAACUUAAAAUAAAUAAAGAUGAUGAAUACAUGUAUCUUCAUUAUGCUAACUAACAUCUUAAACCGUAUUGUAUCUAACUUAAAAUAUUAACUAAUAUUCUCAUUUUGUAUAUAUGGUUUAUAGUCUCGAUUUAUAAAAACGUAUGAAUGUUU